AUGAAUGGUGGCCGAGACGAAAGGCCAAGAUGGUUGAUUGUUGAUAGUUGUUAUGGUGAUGGUGAGCACGGUGGACCUCGGGAAGCACAGUGGACUGUCAUGACAGGUGAUUUGUUGAAGUGGAUGGUUGACCUGACCAGCCUGCCGAUUGUCCUGAAGCCGAAGCCCGCCACGGUCAGACUGGAGGUGGUUGAUUGA